GGCGCGAGCAUGCUGUUAGUAGUUGUCAUCCUCAGAAUUGGAUUUCAUGAAUAUAGUUACAGUUUCGGAGCAAAUAAGAACUGGGAGGAACACGUUUAUACCCCGACAAUAGCUUCUUCGCAGCAGCUCAGAACGGGUGUUUAGAAGACCGUGCGCGAUUAGAUUUUAGUUAGUCCAAUCGUUUUCGUGGCUUCUUUCAUUUUCGCAUGGAAUGCACUGUGGCGUCUCAGUGUAGUUUAGACAUCGUUUAUUGCGCUCGCGGUUUAGCCCGUGGAUAAUACUGACGCGUCUGCGUAACCGAACAUAACUGGGGGACAUCGCAUCGAAAAUAAAUUCAACAAUGCAAUAACGGACACAUAUGUUUUUCUAUAUGUGCAUCGAUCUCUGAACAGCCCACAACUAGACAGACAAGCCCGUGUAAUUUUAAAGCUUGCAGCAGCAGCAACGCGGACGAUUAUUACAUAGUUGUUGCGAAGCAUUUUCUUAAGAGACGCGCGUGGCGAGCGCUGAAGUGUGCUGGAGCCGAGAGCGGAUCGCCUGGAGCCGGACUCCUCGCUCCUCAGGACGAUGGUGUUAGACAAGGAAGAGGGACAAAAAUGGGGGAAGGGUCUACCAGCAAGAUUCCAGGCUGUGCAAAAAGUGAUGACAGGUGUGCCGAUGCUCUCCGUCCAGCCCAAAGGGAAACAGAAGGGAUGCGCCGGCUGCAACCGUAAGAUUAAAGACCGCUACCUGCUCAAGGCCCUGGACAAAUACUGGCAUGAAGACUGCCUCAAAUGUGCCUGUUGCGACUGCCGCCUGGGGGAGGUGGGCUCCACCCUCUACACCAAAGCCAAUCUCAUCCUCUGUCGCAGGGACUAUCUGAGGCUCUUUGGUACGACGGGGAACUGCGCAGCCUGCAGUAAACUGAUCCCAGCCUUUGAAAUGGUGAUGAGGGCCAGAGAUAAUGUUUACCAUUUGGACUGUUUUGCAUGUCAGCUUUGUAACCAGAGGUUUUGCGUGGGCGAUAAGUUUUUCCUAAAGAACAACAUGAUUCUGUGUCAGAUGGACUAUGAGGAGGGCCAGCUAAACGGGAGCUUUGAGACACAAGUUCAAUAGCCAAUCAAACAACUGCAGCGGCAGCUCUAGUUCCACACAUGAAUACACAAGCUUUUGUGCGAUGGAUGUUCUGCUGCACUCAGAGAGAAGAGCAUCUGUCUGCUUGCCUGCAAUACUUUUUACAGUAAAAGUCCUAUUGGUCCCUGAGGACUCAGUUGUAAAUGUACUAUUUUUGGCCCUUUCUGUCCCCAACACUGAGCAGUUACACGUUUGGAUGUACAGUUGUGCCUGCUUAGUUGAGCACUGUAUUGCCUGUAUGGUUUUUGUGAUUGUUUUGGUCUCUCUCUCUCUCGUUCUCUCGUUCUCUCUCUCCCUUUCUCUUUCCAACUCUCUCGUUCUCUCUAAUGCCUCUCUGAGGGUAUGUACAGCCUGUUUUUCUGUAUAUAUAAACUGGAACAUUUAUUUUAUGAAACUGUAAUGCAAUUUUAUUACCAGUGUGAAUUAAAAAGAUUCUUAAAUGUUCAUAGUUGAGUUUGUCUUCUGAUCCCAAAACCAAAGUUUGAAGAGGCUGGCCCAUGUAUCAACCAUUUAAUUAUUGAACUCAAAGAGGCUGAAGCUUCAAAAACAUUUAUGAAACAACAAUGAAAAAAUUAACAAUUUUAUAUACAGAAAUGGCUUAAUGAAACAGCAUAUUUUAAUUGCUGAUGGACUAAUAAACAAGUUGUUUUGAGAGAAAUGAAAUAAGGUUUUAUUUCGAAUAAAGCAAAUGAAUUCAAAAACGGUGUUGUUGUUGUACACUACCUGUAUAUAAAUGCACAGGUCUGUUGUAAAGUCAUCUGAUUCUGAAUGAAUUCAUCAUAAAUACUCAGCUAGCAUGAGGUCUUUAAUAUUCAUAUGCAUUCAAAUAGUCACUAUUAGUUCUCAUCACCACUG